CAUCAACAGAAUUGAAGGCGGAAACCGAGAAAGAAUACAACGUCGGGUGUCAAAAGGAGAGCGAUCCGUACAAUUGUUCUUCGAACGAAAAACGAAAAACGCGUUGCCGACGUCAAAUAUGCGGAGCAAACCUUCGCAACCGGCUCCUAAAGGGGGAGUGAAAGGAAUCAGAAAAGGCAAAAAGCGCAAGCAGUAUCGCCCGAGUAGUUUUUUGGAUUGCCAAUCGCUCACGCAUGUCGUGGGCUUCCCGCCACAAAACGAACUCAUCACGACCUCGGUAGCUUCCGAGUUUGUCAAAGAAAUGUUUUUCGAUCGUUUCGUCAAAGAAGUUGUGAAACCCUUCCAACCCAGGAAAAACAAGGAGAGCGGCGACGGAGAACGAUAUAAUUCAGCGACUCCAAAGAACGAUGGCAACACCGGAUACUAUCAUGUCAUGGUCGGUGGAAAACUCGUGAAGAAACGAAAUACUCCGCAAGGGAACGAAACCAACGAUCCAAAGGAAAGCACUACCCAAAACAGGAACGAAAUUGACGAUGCCCUUGCAAGAAAGAGGCAAUUUUGGAAAGAAAACAUCGUGGUUGGAUCGAAUCAAUGCUUGCGUGUCCUGGAGACCGCGAGCAAAGGCUUGGCUGCGACACCGAACAAAAAGGAUGGUGAUACCGGUGCUCAAGCAAAACCGUCUCUGAUUGUUCUAGCAAAGGACAUUUAUCCUCCAACCAUUUGCACUGCCAUACCAGUAUUGGCGCGGAAUCUUGGAAUACCUCUCUUGCUGCUUCCCGGAAAGGCGUCGCUCGAACUCGGAAAGGCUAUGAAUGUAAAGAGGACUUCGGUGCUGAUAUUUCUUUCCGGAGACGACAUCAAUGGGGAAAAUGAUGCCGAUAAAAAAAGCACAGGAGGCGGUGGCGUGGAGGAUAAGGAACGUCGUGAGACAGCCACUGCGAUUGCAUCCUUUGUUUCCUUCAUCAAAGAGCAAAUGUCUGUGAGUGGUAGAGACAAGAUCGGAUAACACGCAUACAGUGCUAUAGAAUGUAGACAUCAGUGUUUCUGUCCGUAUCGAUCGGCCGAAAAAUAUGGAGCUGUUCUACGAAGAUAGUGUCUAUGUAUCGGCAAGACACUUCAGCUACCGAAGAUACAAAAAAAAAUCUCAACACCGUUGGGUGUGAGCGCCUGGUUCUUUCCAAGUUAGUGAAUUUCAAAAAUGUGCUUGAAGUGUAUCCAUAAAUAAUUUGCUCUUUAGUCUGAACUGGACGACUGGUAGAUGUGUAAUGCGAUAUUCCAUCGAAUCUUUCGAUUCUACCCUUUUUAUUUCAGUUUGUUGCACAUUUCUUAGGCUACACAGUAGGUGGCCCUUCUCGAUAGAUUUGAAUUUGAAUACCCCGUGUUGACACGGUACUUCGCCACAAUAUUUUAGUUCGUGGCAAAAUAGUGAAUUGCAUUCGUCUUCCGUGUUAAUUUGUGUUUUUUGGUUUUGGUUUGGUUUCUUUCACCAUCGUUCCAUUGCUGACGUAAAAACUUUGCAUCUGCCGUUUGGUAUGAAUGUCCGACAGGAACGAGUAAUUAGGACUCGUCCUGCCACGAUUGUUCAACAAUCUCCCGGACACGACGGUUGUACUCGCGUCUGUUUUCGUUGUACAGUCGGCUCGCUUCCGAGUUUGCGGGCGAGGCGGGGUUUGGGUCGCACAGCAGCGAUUGGAUGCUCGUCAAUAUCGCCGAUAUAUCGUAAAUGGGGGACCAUUGGUUCUGCAAAAUGUCCAAACAAAUCUGUCCGUCGUUGUAAAUGUUGGGGUGGAACAUCUUCGUCAGAAACCGAACCUGCGGCGCCUUGUUGGGAUAGUCUUCCGUAAACUCCAGCACCAGCUUGAAGGUUCCCCCCUCCCAUGGCGUGUCGUCGGGCCCAAAGAUGACGGCUUGCCACAACAUGAUGUUCGUGUCCAUGGGAGCACCCGUGACUCCCGAAGGAGGGUCAUUCUGGAGGCUAUUUGUCGCGUUUGUUGCAUUUGGGUUUGGUUUGUCGUGGGUUCAAAUCAAUUGUUUGUGAAUUG